CCCAUCUUCACAUCACACCACUCGCUGCUGUCAAAGACGCCACUGUAGUCGCAGAUGCUUGGCAUGAUGUGAUUUUUUUUUAAUCAUUCACCUUUGGAAAGCCAUGUCUUAAACCAAAGUGAAAUAAACAAAUAUUCAAAUCCUAUUGGAUCAACGAUUCAGGAUUGCUUGUCAGUUUAUUUCACACGUGUUUGCAGCCUGCCAGCGGGGUGACGGUCCAACCAUGGCACAGCAGGACACACCUGACAAAAAGGACCCUGCCAAGGACCUUCCUGUCCUGCACACCAACUUUAUCAUUGGUUCUGUGUCAGAGGAGAACUCUGAAGAUGAAAUCCUGGGGAAACCGGACUUGACGCUGGGUCUGGAGGACAAGGAGCGCUCCACAUCCCCCACUUCCAGUCACAGCUCUGAGAGCAGCACCUACGAGAUGGGCUUCGACCACAUCGAAGGGCCCCACAUGAGUUGUUCACACAGACCGAGCAUGUCUGGACUGCACCUGGUGAAGCAGGGCCGCGACCGCCGGCGCAUCGACCUGCAGAGAGAUUUCACCGUGGCCUCUCCUGCCGAGUUUGUCACCCGCUUCGGAGGCAAUAAAGUAAUCGAGAAGGUCCUCAUCGCCAACAACGGCAUCGCGGCGGUCAAAUGUAUGCGGUCCAUCCGCCGCUGGGCCUACGAGAUGUUUCGCAACGAACGGGCCAUUCGAUUCGUCGUCAUGGUGACUCCUGAGGACCUGAAGGCCAACGCAGAGUACAUCAAGAUGGCCGACCAUUACGUGCCCGUGCCCGGAGGGACCAAUAACAACAACUACGCCAACGUGGAGCUCAUCCUGGACAUUGCGAAGCGGAUACCUGUGCAGGCUGUGUGGGCCGGUUGGGGACACGCCUCAGAGAAUCCCAAACUGCCGGAGCUGCUCAUGAAGAACGGCAUCGCCUUCAUGGGUCCUCCCAGCCAGGCCAUGUGGGCAUUAGGGGACAAGAUCGCCUCAUCCAUCGUGGCUCAGACAGCUGGCAUCCCAACCCUUCCCUGGAGCGGAGCAGGGCUAACGGUGGAUUGGACGGAGAGCGACCAGAAGAAGAGGAUCAUCAACGUUCCCCCUGAUCUGUACGAGCAGGGCUGCAUCCACGACGUGGAGGCAGGGCUGAAGGCGGCGGAGCUGGUGGGCUACCCAGUGAUGGUCAAGGCCUCCGAAGGGGGCGGAGGAAAGGGCAUCCGCAAAGUCAACAACGCGGAUGACUUCCCCAACCUCUUCAGACAGGUCCAGACAGAGGUCCCGGGGUCCCCCAUCUUUGUGAUGCAGCUGGCCAAACACGCUCGUCACCUGGAGGUGCAGCUCCUGGCCGACCAGUAUGGCAACGCCAUCUCCCUGUUUGGCCGGGACUGCUCCGUGCAGCGCCGGCACCAAAAAAUCAUUGAGGAGGCACCCGCCACCAUCGCCACAUCGGAUGUGUUUGAGGACAUGGAGAGGUGUGCGGUGAAGCUGGCUAAGAUGGUGGGCUACGUCAGUGCAGGAACAGUGGAGUAUCUGUACAGCCAAGAUGGCAGCUUCUACUUCCUAGAACUCAACCCUCGUCUUCAGGUGGAGCACCCCUGUACUGAGAUGGUGGCUGACGUCAACCUGCCUGCUGCCCAACUGCAGAUUGCCAUGGGAAUCCCCCUGCACCGUAUCAAGGACAUCCGGAUGAUGUACGGGGUCCAUCCCUGGGGGGACUCCCUGGUCGACUUCGAGGGCCUGUCCACGGCCCCCUCCCCCCGGGGACACGUCAUCGCCGCCCGCAUCACCAGCGAGAACCCCGACGAGGGAUUCAAGCCCAGCUCGGGCACGGUGCAGGAGCUCAACUUCCGCAGUAACAAGAACGUGUGGGGCUACUUCAGCGUGGCGGCGGCCGGAGGCCUGCACGAGUUCGCCGACUCCCAGUUUGGCCACUGCUUCUCCUGGGGAGAAAACCGAGAGGAGGCCAUCUCUAACCUGGUGGUGGCCCUAAAGGAACUGUCUAUCAGAGGAGACUUCCGCACCACGGUGGAGUACCUCAUCAAGCUGCUGGAGACGGAGAGCUUCCAGCACAACACCAUCGACACGGGCUGGCUGGACAGGCUGAUCUCCGAGAAGAUGCAGGCGGAGCGUCCUGACACCAUGCUGGGCAUAGUGAGUGGGGCUCUCCACGUGGCCGACGUCAACCUGAGGAACAGCGUCUCCAACUUCCUGCACUCGCUCGAAAGAGGGCAAGUCCUGCCUGCCCACACCCUCCUCAACACGGUGGACGUGGAGUUGAUCUAUGAGGGCACCAAGUAUUGUCUGAAGGUGACGCGCCAGUCGCCCAACUCCUAUGUGGUCAUCAUGAACAGCAGCUCGGCCGAGGUAGACGUCCAUCGCCUCAGUGACGGGGGCCUGCUGCUGUCUUACGACGGGAGCAGCUACACCACCUACAUGAAAGAGGAGGUGGACAGGUACCGGAUCACCAUCGGGAACAAGACCUGUGUGUUUGAGAAGGAGAACGACCCGUCGCUGCUUCGCUCGCCUUCAGCAGGGAAACUCAUCCAGUACAUGGUGGAGGACGGAGGUCACGUGUUCUCUGGCCAGUGUUACGCUGAGAUAGAGGUGAUGAAGAUGGUGAUGACUCUGACUGCCAUGGAGUCUGGAUGUAUCCAUUAUGUGAAGAGGACUGGCGCCGUUCUGGAGCCGGGAUGUGUCAUCGCCAAGCUGCAGCUCGAUGAUCCCAGCAGAGUACAACAGGCGGAGCUGCACCAUGGGGCCCUACCCAUCAUCCAAGCCGUGGCCCUGAGAGGAGAGAAGCUCCACAGGGUGUUCCACAGCACCCUGGACCACCUGGUACACAUCAUGAAUGGAUACUGCCUGCCGGAACCUUUUUUCAGCAUUAAGCUGAAGGAGUGGGUGGAGAGGCUGAUGAAGACUCUCCGGGAUCCAUCUCUUCCCCUGUUGGAGCUGCAGGAGAUCAUGACCAGCGUGUCUGGCCGUAUCCCCCCCGCUGUGGAGAAGUGCAUCAAGAAGGAGAUGGCCCAGUACGCCAGCAACAUCACCUCUGUGCUCUGCCAGUUCCCCAGCCAGCAGAUUGCCAACAUCCUGGACAGUCACGCAGCCACUCUGAACAGGAAGUCGGAGAGGGAGGUGUUCUUCAUGAACACUCAGAGCAUUGUACAGCUAGUACAGAAGUACCGUAGCGGGAUCCGUGGUCACAUGAAGGCUGUGGUGAUGGACCUGCUCCGGCAGUACCUCAAAGUAGAGGUCCAGUUCCAGAACGGACACUACGACAAGUGUGUGUUCACACUACGUGAGGAGAACAAAGGCGACAUGGCCAACGUUCUCAACUACAUCUUCUCCCAUGCCCAGGUCACGAAGAAGAACCUUCUGGUCACCAUGCUUAUUGACCAGCUGUGUGGUCGUGACCCAACCCUGACGGAUGAGCUGAUGGCCAUCCUGACAGAACUCACCCAGCUCAGCAAGACCACCAAUGCGAAGGUGGCACUGCGAGCUCGCCAGGUGCUGAUCGCCUCUCACCUCCCCUCCUACGAGCUCCGCCACAACCAGGUGGAGUCCAUCUUCCUGUCUGCCAUUGACAUGUACGGACACCAGUUCUGCAUAGAGAAUCUGCAGAAACUGAUCCUGUCCGAGACGUCCAUAUUUGAUGUGCUGCCCAACUUCUUCUACCACAGUAACCAGGUGGUCAGGAUGGCUGCUCUGGAGGUUUACGUACGUAGAGCCUACAUCGCCUAUGAGCUGAACAGUGUCCAGCACAGACAGCUGAAAGACAACACCUGUAUUGUCGAGUUCCAGUUCAUGUUGCCUACAUCUCACCCUAACAGAGGGAACAUCCCAACUCUAAACAGGAGGCUGUGUACCAACCCGCUGCCCCGGGUUCAGAUGCACCCCUUUAAACCGGCAUCUGUGGACAGUAAAACACAGCACACUAAAGCACAGGAUGAGAAAGCAAAGAAUGCUGCUAAAAGGGAGAAUACUGAUAACUCCGUGGACAGGAUGUCGUUCUCGUCCAACCUGAACCACUACGGCAUGGUGCACGUGGCCAGCGUCAGCGACGUCCUGCUGGACAACUCCUUCACCCCACCCUGCCAGCGUAUGGGCGCCAUGGUCUCCUUCCGCUCCUUUCAGGAGUUCACCAGGAACAUUAAAGACGUGAUGAGCUGCUUCUCUGACUCUCCACCUCCCAGCCCCACCUUCCCGGAGGGAGGGAAUCCUGUGCUCUAUGGAGAGGAGGACGUCAAGAGUAUCCAAGACGAGCCCGUUCACAUCCUGAACGUGGCCAUCAAGAGUGACAGUGACAUUGAUGACGACGGCCUGGCCGCCAUGUUCCGGGAGUUCACCCAGUCAAAGAGAUCCCUGCUGUUUGAACAUGGCAUCCGCAGACUGACCUUCCUGGUCGCCCAGAAGGAUUUCAGGAAGGCAGUCAACUGUGAGGUGGACCAGAGGUUUCAUAGGGAGUUCCCCAAGUUCUUCACCUUCCGCUCCAGAGACAAAACUAGAGUUACAGUGGAAAAGCUAAGCCAGUGUCAACUAAGCCAGUGUCAUUUUCACAUGAUGUCUACGAUGGAGGUGAGGCGAUUUUCUUUUGAGGAGGACAGGAUCUACCGCCACUUGGAGCCGGCGUUGGCCUUCCAGCUGGAGCUGAAUCGCAUGCGGAACUUUGCCUUAACGGCCAUCCCCUGUGCCAACCACAAGAUGCACUUGUACCUGGGCGCCGCCCGCGUGGAGGUGGGCACGGAGGUUACGGAUUACCGCUUCUUUGUCCGGGCGAUCAUCCGCCACUCAGACCUAAUCACCAAGGAGGCGUCUUUUGAGUACCUCCACAACGAGGCGGAGCGCCUGCUGCUGGAGGCCAUGGACGAGCUGGAGGUGGCCUUCAACAACACCACCGUGCGCACUGACUGCAACCACAUCUUCCUCAACUUUGUCCCCACCGUCAUCAUGGACCCCUCCAAGAUCGAGGAGUCCGUGCGCUCCAUGGUGAUGCGUUAUGGCAGUAGACUGUGGAAACUCCGGGUCCUCCAGGCCGAGCUGAAGAUCAACAUCCGCCUGACCCCCACGGGCAAACAAAUCCCCAUCCGCCUCUUCCUCACCAACGAGUCCGGAUACUACCUGGACAUCAGUCUCUACAAGGAGGUCACCGACUCGCGCACGGGACAGGUGGGGCCCAAAGACCGACAGAUCAUGUUCCAGGCGUACGGAGACAAGCAGGGUCCGCUCCACGGCAUGCUCAUCAACACCCCCUACGUGACCAAGGACCUGCUGCAGUCCAAACGUUUCCAGGCCCAGUCCCUGGGAACCACCUAUGUGUAUGACUUCCCGGAGAUGGUCCGCCAGGCUCUGAGGAAGCUGUGGCAGUCCACCCAAGCCUUCGCCCACCUGCCCAAAUGCCCUCUGCCCUCGGAGCUGCUCACCUUCACCGAACUGGUCCUGGACCCACAGGGACAACUGGUGCAGAUGAACCGUCUCCCGGGAGGGAACGAGAUUGGCAUGGUGGCGUGGCGGAUGACCCUCCGGACGCCGGAGUACCCGGGAGGACGUGAGAUCAUCCUGAUCAGUAAUGACAUCACCCAUAAGAUCGGUUCCUUUGGACCGCAGGAGGACCUGCUCUUCCUUCAGGCCUCUGAGAUGUCCAGGGAAAGUGGCAUCCCUCGCAUCUACAUCUCCGCCAACAGCGGCGCCCGCAUCGGCCUGGCGGAGGAGAUCCGGCACAUGUUCCACGUGGCCUGGCAGGACACCGCAGACCCCUACAAGGGCUUCAAGUACCUCUACCUGACGCCUCAGGACUACAAGAAGGUGUCGGCCCUGAACUCGGUUUACUGCGAACACAUCGAGGAUGAGGGGGAGUCCAGGUACAAGAUCACUGACAUCAUUGGGAAGGAGGAGGGCCUGGGUGUGGAGAACCUGAAGGGCUCGGGGAUGAUCGCCGGGGAGUCGUCUCUUGCGUACGACGAGGUCAUCACCAUGAACCUGGUGACGUGUCGGGCAAUCGGGAUCGGCGCGUACCUGGUCCGGCUGGGGCAGAGGACCAUCCAGGUGGAGAACUCUCACAUCAUCCUGACCGGCGCUGGGGCUCUCAACAAGGUUCUGGGCCGAGAGGUGUACACCUCCAACAACCAGCUGGGCGGGGUCCAGAUCAUGCACAACAACGGGGUGACCCACAGCACCGUCUGUGACGACUUUGAGGGAGUCCACAUGCUGUUACACUGGCUGUCCUACAUGCCUAAGGACCGAAGUAGUCCCGUACCCAUCCUGGAUGCUAAGGAUCCCAUAGAUCGGCUGGUGGAGUUCACGCCCACCAAGACGCCCUAUGACCCCCGCUGGAUGCUGGCAGGACGACCCAGCCAGACUCCUAAGGGCCCGUGGCAGAGUGGGUUCUUUGACCAUGGCUCGUUCUCGGAGAUCAUGCAGCCGUGGGCUCAGAGCGUGGUGGUGGGCAGAGCCAGACUUGGUGGCAUACCCACCGGGGUGGUUGCUGUGGAAACCAGGUCCGUGGAGCUGUCCAUCCCGGCCGACCCGGCCAACCUUGACUCCGAAGCCAAGAUCAUCCAGCAGGCAGGCCAAGUCUGGUUCCCCGACUCUGCGUUUAAGACGGCCCAGGCCAUCAAGGACCUGAACCGCGAGGGCCUGCCCCUCAUGGUGUUCGCCAACUGGAGGGGCUUCUCUGGAGGAAUGAAAGAUAUGUAUGACCAGGUGCUGAAGUUCGGGGCUUACAUCGUGGAUGGGCUCAGGGAGUACCACCAGCCUGUCCUGGUCUACAUCCCUCCCCAGGCAGAGCUCCGAGGCGGGUCCUGGGUGGUCAUAGACCCAACCAUCAACCCCAGACACAUGGAGAUGUACGCCGACAAGGACAGCCGCGGUGGAGUGUUGGAGCCAGAAGGGACCGUGGAGAUCAAGUUUAGGAAGAAGGACCUGGUGAAGACCAUGCGGAGAGUGGACCCAGUCUACAUGGGCUUGGCGGAGAGACUGGGUACCCCGGAGCUGAGCCAGCCAGAGAGGAAGGAGUUAGAAUCCAAACUGAAGGAGCGGGAGGAGUUCCUGUUACCCAUCUACCACCAGGUGGCCGUGCAGUUUGCCGACCUCCACGACACCCCUGGACGCAUGCAGGAGAAAGGCGUCAUCACGGACAUCCUGGAGUGGCGGACAUCCCGUCAGUUCUUCUAUUGGCGUCUUAGACGUCUGCUGCUGGAGGACACGGUCAAGAGGAAGAUCCAGGGGGCCAACAGCGAGCUGACUGACGGACAGGUCCAGGCCAUGCUGAGGCGCUGGUUCGUAGAGGCUGAGGGGACUGUCAAGGCGUAUCUGUGGGACAGUAAUGAGGAGGUGGUGGAAUGGCUGGAGAAGCAGCUGAAGGAGGAGGAGGGGGCCAGGUCCGUGGUGGACGAGAAUAUAAAGUACAUCCGCAGGGACCACAUCCUCAAGCAGAUACGCAGCCUGGUCCAAGCCAACCCGGAGAUCGCCAUGGAUUCCAUCGUGCACAUGACACAGCACAUAUCCCAGACGCAGCGCGCUGAAGUGGUCCGCAUCCUGUCCACCAUGGAUGCCGCCCCGGCUGCCCCCUAGAGAGCCCCUCCCCAGCCUGGCUCCACUGCCUCCCGGGUGCUGCCCCCGCUGAGGUAUGCUGCUGGAAACCCGGGGCUGGUGGAGCCAACAUGGCCUCCCGCGGAGGCUGGGCUGUUACUGAUUACACCCAUGACCGUCAUUCCGGAGGCCGAGAGCUGAGACGCAUAUUGGACGGGCGUCCAGGGUGUUGCACAUGUACGUGUCUGAAAGUGUGUUAGCCGUGAUAUCUAUACAUGUAUGUGCAAAUAAUUAUCCAAUGACCAGAAACGAUAGGCUUGUAUAACCGACGUGAGGGCCAGCUUAGGGACUCCACCGAAGGCCAAAGUGGAAGCAGCUCUUCAUCCGUUCACCAUAAAGAGCCUCUGUCCCGUUUGACAGGAAAAUCA